AUGCAGAUCAAGAACCUCGCCCUCCUCUCCAUGGCCGCUCUCGCCGUCGCCGCCCCCAUGAACGACCAGGCUGAGUCCCCCGAGGACAUCCACCAGUUCAAGGAUAAGAUCCACUCCAAGAAGUGCCCCCAGAAGGAGUGCCCCAAGUCCACCACCAUUAUCACCACCCACUACACCACCAUCACCGGUACCAUCGCCAUCGAUGCCAAGCCCUGUGCUCCUACUCCUACCCAGAAGAAGCACUGCCCCAAGUGCGGUGACCCCAACUGUGGUGGUUGCUAA